GAGUUUGAUAAAGAAGUUAAAAGUUUUGUAUUUAUCCUGGAAGGCAGCAGCCAAACCAACAGAAUUCAGUUACCAAAGGAGAAUAAGCAAAUACCUGAGGCCACUGUGGAAAUGGCACUACUCUUCCUACAGGACCAGUCAGUGCAAGAGACCAGAGAGGCUGACUGACAGUGGCUUAUUUGAGUUGGACUGAUCCAGAGGUUUCUUGUACUUCAGAUUUACAUACCCCUGGGACAGGACUUCUCCACUGAAUUACUGAUACAGUGAUGGACACAGAGAAGUCCUAUAAGCCAUACAAAGCAAGUUGGAGAAUCUGGAGGGCUGGUGAUACACUAUGACUGAAAGACCUAGGAACUAGGAAAUCUGUCAUUUGAAGCUUUAGUUCAAAUCUUGACUCCAAGUCCCAAGGAAGAAGAAUGAUGCCCCAUCCAAAAACAGGCAAAGAGCAAAUUCUCCCCUACUCCACUUCCCCAGGACGAGCUGAGGCCUCCUACGUUCUAAUUACUGAUUUAGGAAACAUCAAAAGAAGAUUGUAUUUAUCAACAGUCCAUAAGGAACUGUCCUCAACCCCUCUUCAUGCAAAAAUCCCACUCUUCAUGAUCAAGCGUAAAAUUUGGUGCAAUCUGUGCAUUGACUUGGUUGCAUUCACCAGUGAGAUAUUCAAGGGAGCAGUUUUCCAGUCGUUGGACGGAAUUAUUGUCUCUGCUAACUGUAAGCUUCGGAAGAUCUUCACUUUAAAAUCAAAGCCUCAAGAAACUGCUGAUAAAGAUGAUGAACCCACAGAUAUGAUUCCACGAAGCUGUCAACUUGCAACAGAUGUUCCUCAUGUCACACAGCUGCUAAACAUGACAAAAGUCUGCCAAACUGAAAUAAAAUUUAGAGGUCAUCAUCUAAGAUCAGCAGAAUCAGACCAGUUCAUCAACAGAGGGGGAGGCAGCAUCCGGAACAGUAAAAGUCAAGAUGUUUGCCAUAUUGCCUUCGGGUCCAGGGUCCUCGGACCACCUCCACUCUCUGGCAGACGUAAUAACCUGAGGCUCUCCAGGGAGACAGUAAGAUCCAUUGGGUACAAAAAUAGCCAGUCGUGCCAACAGCCUACAGCAGAGAAGCAUGUUAACACUGCACAAGGGUCAGCCUUGCUGGUCCCUGAGCCUGAGCAGCAAGGAGAGAAAGGAAAUAUCCAUCAAGUGAAGCAGACAGUGCCUAUUCCAGCAGGUCAGAGCAACAACAGGAGAGCUUGCUUGAAAAGCACCAGCAGAGAAAACACAGAGGCACACUGUGGUAGUUCCUGGAAAAAUAACAGGAAUGAAGAGGAAGUGGCCAUCACCCUCAACAGCAUCAUUCAGCCAAGGACAGAGCCAAUAAGUUCCAGCACUCCAGAACCCCAGGCUCCUGACCAACCAGAUGAGUGGAUAUUUCCCGAAAGUGCUGCUGUGACUUCUGACCCAGCAUGUGACAGUCUGUCGUUGCUCCUAGAUGGGGACUCAUGCAUUGCUUCACACCUUCGGCUAGAAACCAGCAAGGACCAUGAACCUGACCAAGCAGAGGAAACCCAGAUGGCUCCCAAGGACAUUUUCACCUUUUCAUCUAGACCAAGAUCAGCACCUCAUGGGAAGAGUCAUGAUAUGUCCCCAAAGGGGUAUCCAUUUAUUCUGGACCCAAGAGAGGACAACAGUGUGACAAGGAGAGACACCCAUUUGGAAGAUGAUUUUUAUGGCACUGACAGCAGUGAAGAGGAAUACAACUGGAGGAACUACCAGCCCAGCCAGAUGAGUGAAUGUGAGCUGCAGAUGCUAGCAAGCCUCCGUCGGCAGCAGAAUGAAGACCUGGAAGACACUGGGGCUCCUCAUGGCCUGAGUGCAUCCCAGGUGGACAACUGUAAUGUUAGCAUCAGUACCAGCAGUGAUGACACAACCACAUGGAACUCUUGUCUGCCACCUCCUGUCAACCAGGGCCGUCACUAUCAGAAAGAAAUGAAUCCACCUUCUCCAUCAAAUCCUCGAGACUGGUUGAACAUGCUGAGCCCACCAAUUGUCCCUGCCAGUCAGCAGCCAGUGGAGCAGCCUCUGGAGUCCUCUACAAGUGUGAGUGUGCAAGGUGAAGAGGACCUGAGCACAGAAGAAGAUGAGGAAGUGCUGACUCUGUUGUAUGACCCAUGUCUCAACUGCUACUUUGACCCUCAGACUGGGAAAUACUAUGAACUGGUGUAGCUCCCACCCCCAGGACAAAAAGCAGCCACAGAGGAUGGAACAUGCCAGCUGCAUGAUGUCCACAGUGGGCACCGGGACCUGUGUAGGUGGGCCCAAGGAGUCCAAAGGAUUGGAAAGAAGUUCUUUGUAGAUAAUGUUCAAUGUUAAGAACGCCUGCAUUCUCUUUGUAGCUGUGUGUGACUUGAAACUUGUGAAGGAAUUAAUACAGACACCAGAUUUCAGGUUUUGAAUUUGCUCUUAGUUGUUCAUUCCCAUCCUCUUAAGUCUCAUUAUGUUAUAUAAACAAAUUAAGAAUUACUUGUUCAAAUUUUUCCAGUGUUAAUCUGUAAUAAAUGAUGGCUUGAUACACUUACAGAAA